UUGAAUAUCACCUUGCUAACAUUAACUCUUUUAUUCAAUUGAAUUCACGCAGCUUUCGAUUACUUUCUCAUAAAAUUUGAUCUAGUAUUUUAUACUAGUAUUCCGUAAUAUAUUCGGUAUAAAUUGUAUGAAUGUACAAUACAACAAGUUGUGUACGUCUUAUAAAUUUGUAAUAUACAGUGUGUCUCAAAAAUGUUGUAACACCGUGAAAGAGGUGGUUCGGGAGGUGAUUUGAAACAACUUCUUCCUUAGCGAAAAUGUUGUCCGAGGUUUCGUUGAGGAAAUAUUAACAGAAAACACUGACCAAUCAGAGCGCGAGUAUACCGGUGGAGCGGCCGCGGUAGCGUAUGAGCGCGGCCGCCUAGCGCGUAGCCUACGCUCAACUGGCAUACUCACGCACUGAUUGGUCAGUGUUUUCUGUUAAUAUCUCCUCAACGAAGCCUCGGACAACAUUUUCGCUAAGGGAAAAAUUGUUUCAAAUCACCUCCCGAACCACCCCUUUCAAGGAGUUACAACAUUUUUGGGACACCCUGUACAAAGCUAACUCAGCAACCAAUGAUAGUCUGACUUUUACGGCGCAUGCGUUAAUAGACAGAGAUAGAUGGAAAGUCCCGCGGUUUCUUUCGAUUUUCAAACGAUGUGACAUUUCAGGCUUGUCUUCCCUGCUCUAUCUAUAACAUUUCUAUGUUUUAAAUACACUACACUAUACAUAUUAAAUGUCAAUUGUUUUCUGUGCAAGGAAAUCGUAACCAAAAAUUGUAUGUCAAACCAAUCAUUAAAAUAAGUAUAUAGUCUACUUAAAAUCAUCGAUUUACGAAAUUAUAUUUAAAAAUGUCAAUCGUAGGAACACAAAUUGACAGUGAUAAAAGAUUAUUAAAAUUCAAAAAUUAUGAAGAUUAUUUGGAUUCUCUGGUAACAUUCGUUGACCUUGGAUAUAUAGGAAAUCUUUAUACCGCGCGUCAAUUAGCCGAACUCGGAUAUCGUUGUACAGGCGAGACUCUUAACGAAGAUGCAUUCUAUCGACGUUUGAAAGCUGUGAGAGAUUUGCUAUUUCCGAUCUAUAAACCUUACGAGUUAACGUCAGAAUUUGUAACACCGAGCAACGCAGUAAUGCAAGAACUUGCGCUUCGCGAACGUUUAAAUAGACUAAAAAUCGUAUCCACUAUUAUAUUCGUAAGAAAUAUGACGAAACUUCAAUUUGAGAUCUCUGGUUACAUUGACUUUAGUGAGAGACUCGAAAAAGAAAAUUGGCUUCCAUAUUUUCAAGGGAAAAAGAAACUAUGGCCUCAAGCAUCUGAUCUCGCGUAUUAUCACUGGAGAAGAAACAAAACGUGUUUAAAUGAAACUUGUAAUUAUCAACCAAUUAUAGAUCCAAAACAAGGUCUUAGAUUCAAAUACUGCCAUGAUAGACAUGUAAUUACCGUGGAUCCUAAAUUACCCACUCCAGGCGUGAAUACGACAAGAGUAAGAGUGCGUUGUCCAGAGUAUGAACAUGUAAUAUUAUAUGAUCAUCUUAAUCGAAGUAAAAGCCACAUUUAAG